CAGAAGAGAAGCACAGAUCAAGCAAGCAUGAACAGAGAGCGAGAAGAAAGAGAGUCUUUCAUCGUGAGAAACCCCUCAGUUCUUCCUCAUCUUUUUGUCGAGUAAUUUUUUGUUCGGUAGAUAUUCGUGAUAGCAUUCAGGACUCGACGUCUUUGUUCCUCAGGCGACGCUCCUCACGUAACUCGGACUCAGGGUUCGAGUUUGUUCGGCUUCCAUCUCGAGCCUUCGGCAUCAGCUUUCUCGAUUUAGCACUCGGAGCACUCGUCGACUCAACAACUUGGAUACUCGUCGUCUCAACAAAUCUCUCUCCGACACAGACUUGGGUAGCUCCCGAUGAUAUUGCCGAUUGGCCUACUUAGCCAGGCCGAUAGCUUGAGAUUGUCAGAUCAAGCCAUCUUGACAGAUAAGAGCCAUUUAAUGCUGAGCCUCAUCGCUCGGCUCUAUUGUCAUACAUUACUCCUAUCAAUUUCUUCUAUAAGAGAAACCAUGGACCAAUUCCAAUUGUCGAUGACAUCAAAAGGUAUUGUCUUUCUAUAGGUGGUUUGGUGAAGAAUCCUUUGGAGAUAUCUAUGUCAGAUAUCAGGAAGCUUCCUAAGUAUAAUGUUGUUGCAACUUUACAGUGUGCAGGUAAUAGAAGGACAGAAAUGAGCAAAACUCGUACAGUUAAAGGUAUUGGUUGGGAUGUUGCUGCCAUAGGGAAUGCAAUUUGGGGAGGAGCAAAGUUAGCAGAUGUUCUUGAGCUUGUUGGAAUAUCCAAAAAUACUCCAUCCUCCCCACUAGGUGGGAAGCACAUCGAAUUCAUCAGCGUUGAUAAGUGCAAGGAGGAAAAUGGUGGGCCCUACAAGGCAUCAAUACCCUUAAGGCAGGCCACAAAUCCUGAAGCUGAUGUUUUACUUGCAUAUGAAAUGAAUGGAGAGACCCUUAAUCGUGAUCAUGGAUAUCCAUUGCGGGUGAUUGUUCCUGGUGUGAUUGGUGCACAUUCUGUAAAAUGGUUGGACAAAAUCAACAUAAUUGAAGAAGAAUGCCAGGGAUUUUUUAUGCAAAAGGAUUACAAGAUGUUUCCACCUUCAGUUAAUUGGGACAAUAUUAAUUGGUUUACUAGGAAGGCACAAAUGGACUUUCCAGUGCAGAGUGCAAUAUGCUCUUUAGAGGAUGUGGAUGUUGUUAAACCAGGAAAAGUUACGGUCGCUGGAUAUGCUGUAACUGGUGGUGGUCGGGGAAUCGAGAGAGUAGAUAUAUCUGUUGAUUGGGGUAAGACAUGGUUUGAAGCUCAAAGUUAUCAGAGAGGCAAUAUACCACACCAAUCUGAUGAUUUGAACACUGAUAAGUGGGCAUGGGUUCUAUUUAAGGCUGUUGUUGAUGUUCCAGAAAAUACUGUGAUUAUUGCUAAGGCGGUCGACACUGCUUCAAAUGUACAACCAGAAAAUGUAGAGGUCGUGUGGAAUCUAAGAGGUAUUUUGAACACCUCAUGGCACAAGGUCCAAGUGCGGUGAGCCUCACAAGUGGUGAUAUCCAAUCUGUGAAGAUGAAAGAGUAUAACAUGACACCCUUCAUCCAGUCCACCUCAAGCUUAAUGCUAAAAAUAACCUGCAAGUCUUGGGUUCUUUCAUGGCUGCAGUUUUCGCUGUUGGUAUUGUAUUUGCCGG